AUGUUAAGACCUAAAGCUAGUCCUAUAUAUGAUCAAAAUUAUCUUGCACCUUUAGAAGCCUCAGAACUUGACUAUCUAACCUCAGAGGAAGACUCAAUAAGGUCAAAAUCUCCAAUGAACGACAAUAAUUCCCAGGAUUUUAAUUACAUUUCAAGCACUAAAGAUUUUACAACUUGGAACCCCUCAAAUGCCAAAAAACUUUGGAAAAGAGCCUUUUUUAAAAUAAGAGUACGGCGAGCUUUAGAGAAAUUUAAAAAAGAAAUUAUGUUCUUUGGGACUUCAAAUGAGGUUUUUGACCAAGAUAAAAAAUUUAAGCGAAACCUUGAUACUAUUCUCCAGAAAAAAUUUGAUAAGGAAGAGGAUUUUAGGUUCAAAAAAUGGGACGAAGAAGAAAGAAUUAUUCCUUGAUAUAUAUUAGACCCAGAUGGGUAUUUUAAGAGGUCAUGAAAUACUUUAUUAACCAUAGUCUUGAUGUAUACCGCAGUUGUUAUGCCAUUUAGACUAGCAUUUGCGGAUGUUAUUUUCUUUGAUGUAUGGACUACUAUAGAAAUCACAAUUGACCUUCUAUUUAUAGUAGAUGUGAUGCUGAAUUUUAUAAGUGGAGUGUAUAGCUAUGAAGGAGUUCUCCACACUAAUUUAAAGUAUAUUGUUUUGGACUAUUUAAAAAGCUGGUUCAUAAUUGAUGCCACUUCAAGUGUGCCUUAUACUUUAAUUGAUUAUUGGACAGGGAGUAACGGGAACUCUUCUGCUCACCAAAAUAACCUUGUGAAGCUUAUGAGAGUGCCAAAACUUUAUAAGCUUUUAAGAAUUAUAAGAAUCGCCAAAGCUGUUAAACACUAUAAAACGAAUGAUCUUGCUGAAAAAGUCCAAGAUUUUUUACAGCUGAACUCAAGACUGUACAAGCUUUUAACAUUUUUGGUUUCAGUCUGCUUGUGUGUACAUAUAGUAGGCUGCUUGUGAUUUUUUUGUGCAAGAAUAAAUAAUUUUUCUCCGAGUACAUGGGUUGUUAGAUGUGAUUACUUAGAUGACACUGUAGAUGUCCAAUAUAUUGCAAGUAUAUAUUGGGCUAUGACAACAGUAACUACUGUAGGAUAUGGAGAUAUUUCAGGAAGAACUGAACUAGAACAGAUUUUAUCUAUGAUUUGGAUGCUCAUAGGAAUAGGCUUUUAUUCUUUCACAAUCGGAUCGCUCUCUUCAUUUUUGACAGCAAUUGACACAAAAGACUCUAUUUUAGCUUCAAAGCUGGCAGCAAUCCAUGAGUUUGCCUUAGAAACUGGGAUUUCUGAUGAAUGUAAGCAUCGAAUAAGGCAAAUUAUUAAAUAUAAUAACAGUAAGGUAGGAACAGUUUGAAGUGACAAACAUUCUUUAUUCAAUGAGCUCCCAAAAUCGCUGCGAUAUGAAGUAAGCGCUACCAUGUAUAAUGGUAUUGUCAAAGAGCUAAUUUUUUUCAGAAGCCAAGACCCUGCUUUUGUGGUCUCCUUAAUGCCUCUUCUAAAGCCUUUACAGCAUAAAGAUUUAGAGUAUUUAUGGUUAGAAGGAACUUAUCCUGAUGAAAUUUUUUUUAUCACCAAAGGAAGGGUGAAUUUUGUGUUAGAAGGCAAUGAAGUGUGCUAUAAAUCAUUUUUAAAAGGUUCAUAUGUAGGGGAUAUUGAGAUUCUGACUGAAAUUUCAGUAAGGGAAAACAAUGCUCAAGCAUGUGGGAAUUCUGAAUUUUUAGUAUUGUCGAAACACGAUUUUCUAGAAGUUUUGGGUGAUUUUCCAGACCAAAAGAAAUUUCUUACACAGGUUGCUAAAGAAAGAGCAGUUAGAAAUGCUAAAGCAAAAGAAGAACUAAUUUCGCUAAUGGAGAUUAAAAAAAUGGAAGGGAAUCUUAAGCACUUGGAAGGAAAAGGGAGUAUUUUUGACAGGCAGCUGAGAGAGGCAUCUACUGUGGUGAUUCGAGAUAGACUAGGGUUGAUUGAAGAUACAGUUCAAUCGAACGUUAGCUUAUUUGACGAUAUGAAGACUCGAGUUUCUUCUAUUGAAAACAGUAUCCGAGAUCUUUUGAUGUCAGUAAAACCACCAAAACCGAAGAAAGUAAGAACUGCACUUGGAUCGAUUAUCAAAAAAAAGCAUGAAUAG